AUUUAAAGGCUUCAUUUAAAUAAAGGUUAUUAAAUAUAUCUAAUUUUUUUUAAUUAAGUGCUGAUAGUGUAUAGUCAUUUAUAAUAAAAAGGAUUAGCAACAAAAAAGUGAAGCAUAAGUACUAAAUAUUUUGUAGUCAGUAGAUAGUUUUUAAAAUGAAGUUUUUUAGUUCUCUUUUAGCUGUCCAAAUACUUAUUUUAACAAGCUUAGUUGAGCUUUCAUACCAAACUAAAAUAUAGUUUAUAGUCUAGCCAUAUUAUCCAGCAGUAAUUUGCUAACCAGAUACUCAAUCAUUGCAGAUAACAGGGAUCGAAAUCGAAAUAGUUAGAGAAGCUUUAAGUUAUUUAAAUUAUUAAGAAAAUAAGGACUACUCUUUUACCUGCGAAAGGAAUUUUUAAGAACUGACUAGCUCUAUUUAAAAUCUAAGCUUUCUUAAAAAUACAACAUUUUAAAUAGGUAUUGAUUAAUCAGGAAUUUCGUCUAAAAAUUUAGCUUAAGGCUUUAAAUACUCCUAGCCAAUAUUUUCAGGUUAUUAUGUAGUCCUUUAGCAUACAAGAUAUACAGCUAAUUAUUUUACAUUUACUUUCAAAGCUUAUAUUAUGUUCCUAAUAGGAGUUAGUUUUAUAGCUACUUAUUAUGCUCUCAAACAUGCAGACUCAUAACGAUUAGGGUGGCUAGAGUAUGCAUUUAUUGUUUCUUCCUCAUUUUUCUUAAAUAGAGAACCUCUUAUUUCACACGCGAAGGCAAAAUCGAUUCAAUAUGGUUUUUAUUUUUUGAGUGGAUUGGUAUUCUUGUUUGGAAUAGCUGUAUUUAUUUACUAUUUACUUGAAAACCAAGCAAGUGAAAUAUUUGAAUAUUCGUAACUGAAUGGGAAAGAUAUUUAUACAAUUUAUGGGGAUUCUAAAGCUUCUUUAAUAGUAGAUAAAAUUAAUGCAAAAGAAUUUGAUUAUAAAAUCUUCAACAAUACUUCUUCUGAGUUUUUAAAUUAUUAUGACACAUAAAGAACCUAGUUCACUAUUCACAAAGAGUACUAAGGAUUAACUCUACUAUCUUAUUUAUGUAAUGGAGAUAUGCACAUGAUUGGUCUUCCUUAUAAUUAAUUUGAUGGAUUGGUUUAUAAUUUAAGUGUUCCUGAUACCUUAAUAUAGCAAAUAGAUUCAGCUUUACUCUAAGUUCUAAAUAAAAAAAGUGUUUAAGAAAGAGCUAGAAGCUACUAAACUAAAUCUGGGUAGAUGUGUUAGGCUACACCAGCUGAUUAUAUUAGGUUCUUUCAUGGUAUAACUUAUUAUGAUCUUUGGGGCCUUUUCUUAAUUAUUUGGCUUCUGCCUCUAAUAUGGAUUCUGAGGAAGCUUCUUCUUUCUUAUUAUAAAAAAUAUCAUCCAGUCUAUUAUAAAGAAGCAAAAUAAGAAGGGAUUAUAGAGUAUGUCUCAUAUAAAAGAGCUCAUGAUUGUGGAGUAUUAGUUGAUGAUGAGCUAUGUAAAGCUCAAAAAAAUCUAGAGUAGGAUGUUGCUAAAAGAGACGAACACGGUAUAGAUCCAUUAGUAGAACAUUUAUUAGAUGAUAGAUAAAUAAAUAUGGAUUAAAUUAAAUAAGCCUAUGAAAAAUCUAAAAAAGUAGAUUUUACCAAUUUUAAGAAACUGAAUUCUUCAAUAAAUGAUAGUUUUAACAGCAGUAGAAGUAUGGCAUUGAGAAACCCUAAUAGAUUUAAAGGCUACAUUAAAAAUCCAGAUGAUGCUUGUAAUUAAGGUAGUGCUUUUGAUUCUUUAAUGCCAACAAAUUAAGAUGGAAUUGAACUGACUCCUUUACAUGAUUAUUUUAGACUUAAAUUUGGAUAAAGUUAGAAAGAUAAUAACUCAAUAUUCUUUUAAACAUUAAAUAGAAAACAUUAAAAUAAUUAAGAGGGUGUUGGAUUAAUAAGAAUGCUUUCUUCUAUUCAACCUCCUAAUGCAGAUUUGAGUUCUAUCCAUGGAUAAAUACUUGCAAACAAUUCUCAUGAUGGAUCUUUGCCACUUGGGAUGCUUUAUUAAACUGAACAAGAAAAGAAAAAUAGAUUUAGAUUCAACAUCGUUAAGCAGUCUAAAAAUUAACAAGGAGAAGGGCAAUUAUUUAGUUCUUAGAUUAAAAAAUCCAACUUGGGAAAUUAAAAUAGUUUACCUUUAAUAAAUUUAGAAGAAGAUGAUGAUUAUGAAGAUGAUAUUUUACAUAAUGGAACGAAUAAAUAAUAUUACGAUUAAUUUCAUCACUUAAAAAAAUAGAAAUCUAAAGUGUAAGGUGAAAAUCAAAAUGAGAGUAGGCUAAAGCUAAAGCACAAUAAUUUCAUGGGAUUAGAUGAGUUACCAUCUCCAUAAAAAUAAAAAUCAGAAACUGUUAUUGAUAUCACUAAUCAAAAUAUAGGUAACAAUUAAAACGGAAUAAUAUCAAAAGAUGGUUUGAAUUCAUCAGUAUAAUAUGAACACAAAGGUAAAGAACACAUGUUUAUAAGAAAUAUCAAGAGGUCAUAAACAGGCUUAAAUAAGCUUAACUCGUUUAUUUUAGAAAAUCAAGAAGAUAUCGAAAAAGACUUUAAUUAUGAAAAUCCUUCAUACCGAGUGCAACCAUCUGCAAAAAAGCUUUUAGAAGAUUUAGAAAGAUAAAACUCAUCUCAAUUAAAGUAAGAAAAUAAAUAGAAAAGGAAAGUUAUCGAACAUUAAAAGUAAUUAGUUGAUUAGUUCUUUAAUCAACAUUAGACUUUGGUAAUAAAAGAUAAUGAUCUAACUGUUGAAGUGCUCACUUUUAGGGAUGAUGAAAAAAAGGAGUAACCACAAAUAUAUGAUUUAGAUUCUCAUAAGCAAUAUUCCUCAAAUAAAUCAACAAAAAGAUGAAACUUAAAAACUAAAAUUUUAUUGAAUAAAAUACCAUUAUUUAUUUAUUUAAAUUUUAAAGUAAAAAUAUAGAUUAUUUAUUAAUUAUAAUAAAUAAAACUUUAAAUAAAAAAAUUUUCAAGAUUUCAUACAUAUAAUAUAAAUAUAAUUUCUGUAUAUUAAAUGUAUUUAUUAUAUCUACAGUUUUAAAAUAUUUUUAAAAUGUAACUGGCU